CACAAAUAUACAUUUCUGUGGACAUGGGCCAAAGGUUUUAAUCAGAUAGAACUUUAGUUCUAUACUUAUAACUUCUAUAAUCUAUAUAUCCAUGGGACAUGGUCAUUAUAUAAACCACUCAACGAGGUGUUAAACUCUUAACUAUUUUUAUUUAUUAAUUUUAUAUUUAAUAUUUUUAUAAAAAAGAAAUUUUCAAAUUCAACUUUUCUGAGAAUAUGAUUGAUUUUACUACUCCUUUUUUCACUAUUUAUAAUUCGUAUCAAAUUUUCAUUAACAAGUUUAAAGUUAAUUAUUUUAAAAUACAAAAUCAAAAUGAAAAAUCUGUUGAUAAUAGUAAUGCUCAAUUGAUUGAACAAUCCCAAAUUGAACCUUGUCGUUCAUGUACAGAUUUUCAAACAUUUAAUCGUAUGCGACGACAAGAAUACAGUCAAACUCAGGUGAAAAUUUAUUUAUUUUUCUUGUAUUGAAAUAAAGUAAUUUAUUGUUUUUAACUUUUAAAACUAACUAGGUAUCUUCAAAAAAAUGGUCAAAUUAUUUACCUAUACAGUUUACAAUUUCAUCCUACUAAUAAUUUUAUUCAGUUAAAUUCAUCCCAACUCAUAAAACAUAGUGAUAUUUUUUUUACAAUUACCUACAAUAAUAUGUUAAAAUAUGAUGUUUAUUAUAGAAAUGUGUUCAAUUAUGGUUAUACCUAGGUAAUCGGUUCCUACUAUACAAAUAAAUGUGAAACUUAGGUGUAUCAUUAUCUUCUGUUUUAUUUAGUACAUUUAUAAUUUUAAAUACCAUGAUUUAAACUAUAAACUCAUGAAAAAUAUUUUUUAUACUUAUAAAACAGGUUCCACUAGUACCACUUGAAAGUAAUAAAAAAGAAACAAAAAGGAUUGAAAAACAAAGAGAUGAUUGUCCUUUAGAUAAAGAUGAAUUGGGUUUGUAAAUAUUAUUUUAAACUAUUUCACAGUUAUUCUACAAUUAUUGCUUUAAAUUGUAUUGAAAAGGUCGCAGUACUUGGAAAUUACUUCAUACAAUAGCUGCUACUUAUUCAGAUAAACCAUCUGCAGAGGAGCAGUGCAAUACUGAACAAUUUAUUAAAUUACUACCAAAAGUCUAUCCUUGUGAAACUUGUGCUAAUGAUUUUUCAGAAAUGUUAGUAUAGUUAUUUUGUUUUGGAUGUAUCAAACAAAAUUAUUAAGUUUUAAAUACCUGUAUUAUUUAUUUUUUCAAGUUUAAACUAUAAUAUUUUAUUUAAAUCAUUUUGUGAUACAUAUUAAAUUAUUAUUAGAACUAAAAUAAACUAUUAAAAUCAAAUUAAAUAAUAUGUUUAUUAUUUUCAGACUAAAAUAUCAUCAACCAGAUGUCAGCUCUCAAAAAGCAUUUGCACAUUGGAUGUGUGAAGUACACAAUAUGGUAAAUAAGAAGUUAAAAAAACCAUUAUUUGAUUGUUCUAAAGUAAAUGAAAGAUGGCGAGAUGGUUGGAUUGAUGGGCAUUGUGAUUAAUAUAAUAAUUAAAUAAAAUUAGAUAAAUAUUUUUAGGGAAUAACUACUAUUAAUUUUUAAAUUAUUUUAUAUUCAACUCAAUUUUAUAUUGAACUCUGAAUUUGUAAAGUUUAGCUUUUAAUGUUUGUUUGAGCAAAAAUAAUAACAUUGUGUUGCAUUUGUACAAUAUAACAAAUUUUCUAGUAUUAUUCAUUAAAUACUAGACAAUUUGUAAAAAUUAUAAUAUUCAAUAAAAUAAAAUUUAAUUUUGAAUAAUUAUUUAUUUUUUUGGGGAUAAUAUAAAUUUGUAUAAAAUGAUUUUAUGACUAUAAUAUUAUAUUUAUAAAUAAUAAGACCUAAGUUGUAAUUAGUGGUAAAAAUAAAAAGUUGAACAUAAUAAUGUUAAUUUGUUUAUAAUCAUUUUGAUGAAAAUUGUAAAAAAAAGAUGGGA